GCUUCUUGUUGCUAAUUUCUUGCCUUCAGUUCCGCAAGUCAUCAAGCUGAGGGUUUUGGCGAUCAUUGAAGAACGCAGACGACCUAAGCGCUUGGAUUCCUCCACUCUUGUGCGUGGCAGGGUCCGCCAAAAGCAAUUAGGCUUUGCGUGUUUAUCGACAUCAAGGAGAAGAACGUGGACGUCCUAAACGCUUGGAUUCCUCCACCUUUGUGCGUGGUAGGGUCCACCAAAAGCGGUUAGGCUUCGCGUAUUUGGCGGCUCACAGAGAGAAGAACGCGGACGUCUAUCGACAUCAAGGAGAAGAACGUGGACGUCCUAAACGCUUGGAUUCCUCCACCUUUGUGCGUGGUAGGAUCCACCAAAAGCGGUUAGGCUUCGCGUACAUCGUCAGACACUUGCGAUCGCGAUUUCUGUCCUUUCGUGGCCAUGGCUUUCUUCAAGUGCUUCAAGAAAGGGACAAUCACCAUCCUCGAGGAUCCGGAGGAUGCUCAAAAUGAUGGAACUACUCUGCAAGUGCACCCAUCGUUGACUGGGCCUCAAGCGAUCGAUGUCCCUCCUUAUGACCCUUCAGCUCACAUCAUCCAGUGGACUCAUGUAGUGCCUCGCCAGCUGGCUAUGUUCCGACAACCGAGAUCUGGAAGAGACCAACAAAACUCGCAUGUACUGUUGCUGAAGUCUUCGCAUCAUGAUCAGAACACUCCUCAGACCCCAUUCAAGCUUCUCAGCGAUCGUGUACGCAACGGUUCAGUGAAGUGGAGCAAUGCAUUUCGCGCAAAUGGAGGCUUCUCUUACACAGAGUUCUACUGGGAAUGGGUAGAAGAUAUCUUAAGCAGGAAUGGCAAGCUUACCCGGGAGACUGGCCUCUAUCGAGCUAUAUUCGCCUCACUAUUCAGCUAUGACCGUGUUGCAGCUGUCAUACGAGCCUUCUGCGAGUACUGGUGUCCCGUGACGAAUACCCUCCACACUUCUAACGGGGAAAUGUCUAUCUCCCUCUGGGAUUUGGACCAACUUGGAGGUUUACCCAUUGCCGGACGAUUCUAUGAUGAGGUUGUCCCAGCUGCUGAAGAGCUUUCUGCAACGAGCAAAGGGAGUCAACAGAGCUGCCGUUAUUUGUUUCUCGCCUACCAUAAGCUCUGCAAAGAAAGCCAAGGGCAGAAGGUGAAAAUAACUUCCUGGAUACGAUAUUGGUAUAGAGGAGCUUUGCGCUACAAGAGGCCUCCAAACAAAAGCACCAGGAACAAAAGAGAUCCGCCCCCGAAUGUAUUUAAUCCAUCUGGCAGGAUCCAUGAAAUCCGACAACGUACUUCUGCAGACCUCGCAGUCUUUGAGGACUUAGGCGUAGAAGGUGAAGAUAUAGAGUCCACCUACUUGGCCGCUUUUCUUGCUUGUUGGUUGUGCCUGUUUGUUUUACCUGGAGACAACACCGGCUUGAUUCGUCCAGGAGUAUUCAAAGUCGCCAGCAAAAUGUCACAGGGUGUACAGUUUUGCCUAGCGGUACCAGUGCUGGCCAGCAUCUAUCAGGGUUUGAACGAGCUUUCUGUUUCCAGCGAUCCAGCUAGGCAUUUUGGAGACUCACAGGCUCUUUCUUUGUUCGACACAUGUGAUAAUGUGAAGAUGGGUGUAUUUGCCAGGGUAUUUUCAGAGAGCAGAGUGAUUAUCAACCGCAGUAACAUCUCCCAUUUAGACUUGAUAUAUCUUAUCAGCCUUCGAUCCGGGUACCUUUCUCUAAGGCAGGAUAACCGACGAGUCGUUCAGCCAUACAGUCCACAUCGGUUUAGUCGACAGUUUGGUUAUGUCCAAGACAUUCCUGGCAGCCUUAAGAAUGACAUUCGCACCAGCGUACUAGCUUUGAUUUAUUUGCAUUGGGAUUCUUGCACUAGAAUGGACACUAACUGUGAGGUAACGUUGCCGAUCCAGAGUGCUAUCACGGAGUAUAUGGUUACCCGAGACUAUGUUGAUUGGUGGUCUAAAGUGUAUCAUUCUACACCAGUGAAGACGACGAGAGUAGCGCCUACUAGUAGAGCCCUGCACAAGCCUCUGAAAGCAAAAGAAGACAAGGACGUCAACCGCGCUGCGCCUCGUCGCCAGAAUGUGAUUGCUUGUGAAGUCGAAUGUAGCACCAAUGUCCCUGCGCUUCCUGAUAGGGCUUCGCUCCCAGAUAAGGACCGUCAGGCUCAUCCAGUCGACAUUCUAGAGGAUGAUGGAGACUCUUUAGAUUCUCACGUCGCUUUCAUCCGUCCACUUAAGCUGAAAAAACCUGUCAUCAAAGAAAGAAGGCGUAGUGGAAGCAGCGGUAGCAAUGAUAGUGAAGUGCACUUUAAGCGUCGAAAAACUGACACCAGCCUCGGCCCUACUUAUUGUGAUCCCAAUGCUGAGUUCACUCUGAAUACUGACUUUCUUGGUGACAUCUCAACUUCUUCGCAACCGAUGCUGCAGCGAAAUGAGGGUGCAGAGAUUGAUGGUCAUUCACUUUGGGGAAACGAUGACGCCUCUUUAGACCCUAUACGUGUUCCUUCUGCAGCGGAACUUGAGGCUUACGCUUUACCCACGAAAGGAAAAUCCAAUGCAAAGAAUGACUCACAGCAAAUUGACCCUACAGGUCCACUUACCAUGGUGCGUCCUCCUAAGCCUCUGAACACCAUAGCCUUUUCUGAGGCCUCUCUUGGUGGAGCUGCUAUUAUAGAUGCCAGCCAAAGACUUCGUGAUAUUCGUCAACAAGCUGCUACUGCAGUUUGUGAACAAAUUGAAGAUAUGAUAAUGAAGCACUCCUCCAAGACCAUUCUUUCCAGCAAGGGGGAGCUUGACAAGCUGAUAGCUGAGCUUAGCCAUUAUGGGAUUGAUCCUUCAUCCGUAAGGGGAAAAGUUGAAGGAUUGUUGAGUAGUGCUGACCAAUACAACUUGGCACGACUUUCUUGUUCACGCAAGGCUACUCCAGGCACACGUAUUCAACGUCUGGCUGACACAAAGUCAGAAAUUGCGAAGGUCACUUCAAUUCGUCAAGCUGACUCUGAUCAUCGUCAAUCUACACUCAAGUCUUUGGAGAAAUUAAAGGAGGAGCAACGAAAAUUGGAGCAAACAGUGACUUUACUAGACGAGAGACUUCUACUACAGGAGAAGAAGCUUGUCGACCUAAAAAAUGAGGAGACUCAAAUCCAAGAGACCCCCGAGGUGACCACUGCAGAGCUUGAGACGACAAAAUCAUUGCGAGAUACUUUUGAGAACCACCGCAAUAGCUUCAAGGGUUUGACUUGGGUGUGAAGAGCUGUUCUCCAUUUGUAACUUCU